ACCACUCUUAUCUCAUUUCAGAAAUUGAGAAUGUUUUUACCAAGAUGAUAUUUUUAGCUUUAAUCUCUGUAUUUCUGGAACUAAAAGCAGCAGGAGCAGAAAACUGUGGUUGGCCUGGACGCCCCCAUGCUGGUCAACUGGUUGUAAAGAGGGAGGGAUUCCUUCUCCCUCCUGCUCCGCCUCCUGAGUCCCACCCGCCCGGAGACAGUGUUGAGUACUCCUGUCCUGCUCCAGGACAUGCUCUGUUUGGACCCAGGAUACGAACCUGCAGAGAAGACGGAGUUUGGUCUCCGUCCUUACCAUUCUGCGGACGGAAUCAAGGACGGAGUGGAUCCGCUGCUCAUUCUUCAACUCUAUGGUCCUAUGGAGCAGAUCUCGGGAUAGACGGAGAUACUUCUACAUGCGCCUGGACUAACAAAGAAGAUAAACAGCGAUGGUGGCAGCUGAAGCUGGCUGAACCAGCAGAUAUACUUGGAGUCAGAUUAAAUCUCAAGAAAGAAAACCUGCAAGCUCUGACAGUUUUCAUCAUAGAAACUCUGCCCAACAACAGAACUGUUUAUAAAACCUGCGGACACUACAACAACUCUCUACCUAGGGAACCCAGAGUAUUAAACUCAAACCUAGAGAACAGUCUGUUCAAGGGGCAGGAAAAGCACCAGGAGAAGGUUGUGGAGACGGAUAUUGUUGUCGAGGUUCCCUGCUCCAGGCACUCAGAUACAUUCGGUGACAAUAUACUGUUGAGAGAUGAUAGAAAGAAUCCACAAUAUUUUACUCUUUGUGAAAUAGAAGUUUUCUCUCAGGAGGAUACAGGUACAGGUACAGGUACAGGUACAGGUACAGGUACAGGUACAGGUACAGGUACAGGUACAGGUACAGGUACAGGUUACAGAACCCAUACAAGAAACUUUCAGGCACUCUAUUGUUUAUUUGUACUGAACUAAAUUACAU